AUGAGAAACUCUGUCAAUAAAGAUGAUGGAAGAAUGAGAACUAAUGUGAUGAGAGAGAGGGAAGAAGAAGACAAUCAUUGGGACUACUCAACAAAGUUGAUGCUUUAUGAUGACCCAUGGAAGAUAAAGAAAUUGCUCACAAAGAGUGACCUUGGCAACUUGAGUAGACUCUUGCUCCCCAAGGAAUUGAUAGAGGACUUGGUGCUGCCUGUGUUGAGUGUUGAAUCCCAAAGAGAAGCUAAGACUCAAAAGGGAACCAAAAUUACUAUUUGGGAUGUGGACACCCAAUCCAUGCAUUAUCUUGUCUUCAAGUUUUGGGCUUCUUCAAGAAGUUAUGUUUUCAUUGACAACUGGAACAAAGAUUUUGUUAAUAGAAGGAGCUUGCAUAUUAAAGAUGAAAUUGGACUUCACUGGGAUCUGUACAAAAAUCGGUUUAAUUUUUCCGUUCUUGUUCGUGCCCCUCUAAAUUAA